AUGUCUACAGGGCUGCGCGUACGUCACGCAGCGGCAGCCCGCGAGACGGUGGUCGUGCGUGUAUGGCGCUGGAUCAAGAUCACUGUUUGGCGCGUGUUCUAUGGACAGAACGAGUGGCAGCGUCUGUUUCAAUCACCAGCGGAAGCGGAUGAAGACGAGCGCAUUGUGCGCUUUCGGACCGAAUUGGCACUGUCGGACACAAUGGCGCAGACGUGCGACGUGGUGUUUGCUACGAAGCCGUUCCCAAUGGACGAGACGCUGCGUGAUGUUGCAACAAGGGCGCAAUUGGACGAGAAGGAUGUUACCUUGAUGGCAAAUGUGCGCUCGUGUCUCCGGCGCUGCAAUUAUGUGAACAAGGUGUACGCCCGUGUAUGUGCGGAGAAAAAUGAAGGGUACACGUCGUCGAACGAAGUGCAUGAAGCGAUGCUGGAACAGCUGUGGAGGAAUCUGAAACCGAAUGUGCGUCGCAAAGGUGGACGCAUUACGAAAGAGUGGGGAGAAAUUGGCUUUCAAGGAACCGACCCGAUGUCGGAUUUCAGAGGCAUGGGCAUCUUCUCACUCGUGCAGCUCAAUUACUUCACGAAGAACUAUAAAGUAGAAGCCCAACGAGCUUUGGAAGAGUCAAACCAUCCGACGCGCUGGUACCCCUUCGCUGUGACUGGUAUCAACGUGACGGCCUUCUUGAUCGAGCUGAUCGACGAGCGUUUACUGGACGUCAAGCUGUACCGUCUCGCUGCGAAUGGCAAAGACGACGAAGACUUGAAUGCUGGUCUGAUGCAGCUCCACGACGUCUACGCCACGAUCUUCACUCGCUUCAACAAGCUCUGGGUGGACACCAACCCUCGCGACGUGAUGGCGUUCCCGUGCCUUUUCCAGAGUCUGAAAGAUGUCAUUCGUGCCGAGUUGAUGCUCGCGUCGUUUCGUUUCUGA